CGCCGGCGCGCCGCGAUGACGCAGCGCCGCCCUCAGCCCGCGCGCCCCGAUGGCGUCACGGGCGACCCCCCCCCGCCCCGUGCCGGUCCGCCGCCCCGGGCAGGUCACCGCGCCCCGGCACCCCCCGCCCCGGGGGGGAUGCGGCCCCCGGCCCCCCCCGGGCAGCGCCGGGCUGUGCGCUCCGCCGAGCCCGCCAGGGGGCGCCCCGGCGCCGGGGGGCGGUGCCGGAAGAGCCCGGGGCUCGGCGGGGCCAUGGGCGGCUUCGCGCUGCUGCUGCUGCUGCUGCUGCCGCCCCGGGCCGCCGGCGGGGCGGCGGUGUGUGGGCUCUGCCCGGGGCCACUGCGGAACGGCUCCAUCGUGGCCCAGUUCUGCGCAUCCCGGGCCGGUACCGAGGGCGAGGGGCGCUGCUGCUGGGAACGGGGCGCCCGCCCCGAGCGUCUGCUGGGGCUGGACCUGAGCAACUGCUCCCUGCGCAGCCUCCCCCCAGGGCUGGCUGAGGCCACCGCCGCCAUCGUCCUGGACCUGACGGAGAACCCCCUGACAGACCCCCCCAGCGGCUCCUUCCUGGGCUUCACCCUCCUGCAGCAACUCGCGGUGCCGCUGCCCCUGGAGUGCCCAGGCGGGAGCAGCGCCUGGGAGGAGGUGACGACGAGCGGGAGCAGCCGGCUCUGCCAGGGCCAGAGGAACCCCUGCAACGGCUCCAGGGAGCUCGCCUGGCCGUGCCCUGAGAACGCCGCCUGCGCCCCAGAUGGCCCCGGCCUCAUCCAGUGCCUCUGCGACAGCCCUUUCCACGGCUACAAGUGCCUGCGUGAGGGCACCUUCCCUGUGCUGCUCUUCUGCGGGGUCCUGGGAACCAUCACCCUGUCCCUGUCCCUCCUGCUCUGGGGCACCCAGCGACGGAAAGCCAAGACCCCCUGAGAAGGGAGGGGGGGUCUGCGCCAGCGCCUCUGCUGAGCAGGGGGCUCUGGGGGCUGUGUGUCCCGGGGGGCUGCGUGUCCCGGGGGCCAGUUCGCUACGUGGGGGCUGGGGAUGAAUAAAGCCCGCAGCAUCCUGUCCGUGUAUCUGUCCGACUCCCUCCCACAGAGACAGGGCGCCGGCGGGGGGGAUGUGGGACCCUCCAAGCUGCUCUGGGGAGCCGGCCUGGGGGGCUGGGGGCGCCUCCUUCCCCCACCCGCGCUGCAGGGGAAGAGCAGCCCCUGCCCCUG